CCCCUUUAACAGUAAACAGUCGGAGUGUAUCAGCCAAGGACUGAACUCGCACAUUGAUAAAUAAUUAUAAUUAAUUUACAAGUUGCUAAUAUGUUCGCGUAUUUAAACGCACUCAUCGUGCUUUGUUUUUGCUUCAAAAAUGUUGCGUCAAUCCGGUGCUACGAGUGCAACAGCAUGAACAACAGCAUGUGCCUGGACCCCACCGUCUACGACCGAGAGACCCUCGUCAACUUCCUGCCGGUCGCCGAGUGCGGCCACGGGGUCUACUCCGCAAGUAACGACUUCUUCUGCAGGAAGAUCGUGCAGACCAUACUCCACAAGGGCUACGCUCCCGAGGUCCGUGUGACGCGCUCGUGCGGCUGGGUGCGCCACCACCGGGAGUGCUACAAGGCUGACAACGAGGAUCACCUGGAGACAGUCUGCCAGUGCUUCUCCGACGAGUGCAACGCCAGUACAGCACUCACUGCCAGCCUUCUGAUGCCCACGCUGGCAACACUAUCACUUCUUUACUCGAAAUUAUUGUGAUUCAAAAUAUACAGUAUUAUUUUUGGUUA